UGCUCCUUCUGCCCGUCUCCUGGAGCAGGAAGUGGUUGUGUUUAGCUGAGGUGCGAGAGCUCCCAUGGCUGCAGGGAGCUGCGAGCCCGGAGGAAAGGAAUGGACGGAGAGGGCGAGACGCGGCUCUUCCCCACCCUGUCCCCAGCCAUCCCCUCCCUCCUGAAACUGGGGCUGACCAUCGCCUACACCGUCUUUUAUUCGUUGCUCUUCGCCUUUGUCUACGUCCAGCUCCUGUUGAUUCUGCACUAUCGGCACAAGAGGCUGAGCUACCAAACGGUGUUCCUCUUCCUCUGUUUGCUCUGGGCUGCUCUGAGGACCAUUCUCUUUUCGUUUUAUUUCGAGGACUUUGCGCAGGCCAACUCGCUCGGCCCCUUCCCCUUCUGGCUGCUCUACUGCUUCCCGGUUUGCCUUCAGUUCUUCAGUUUAAGCUUGAUGAACCUCUACUUCACCCAGGUGAUUUUUAAAGCAAAAUCGAAGUAUCACCCAGAGCUUCAAAAAUACAGGCUCCCCCUUCAGCUGGUCUUCCUGCUGGCCAGUCUCCUGUUCUUCGUGGUCAACCUGACCUGCGCCCUGCUUGUGAAGAUCACGCACUAUGAAACCAGGACCAUUGUGUUUGUCCGUGUGGCCGUCAAUGACACACUCUUCGUGCUGUGUGCGAUCACCCUCUCCAUGAGCCUGUACAAGAUUGCUAAAAUGUCCCUGGCCAAUAUAUACUUAGAAUCCAAGGGAACAUCAUUGUGUCAGGUUGUGGUGGUGGGAUUGUUAAUUAUAUUACUGUACACAUCAAGGGCUUGCUACAACCUGGUCGCUAUUACACUCACCUCCUAUAACCACAUGAGGAUGUUUGAUUAUGACUGGUACAAUGUGUCUGAUCAGGCAGAUCUACAGAUUCAACUGGGGGAUAAAGAGUACUUAGUGUUUGGGGUGGUCCUAUUCAUCUGGGAACUGCUUCCCACUGCUCUGGUUGUCCUGUUCUUUCGUGUAAGGAGACCCAUUCAAAGUCUGAUGGGGAAUAGAAUACCUUACAGUCACGGAUUCACUCCCAGAGCAUUUUUCUUUGAUAAUCCACGACGCUAUGACAGCGAUGAUGACUUAACCUGGAACACAACAUCCUACAGUGCAUUCAGCAGCACGCUUGAUCAAUAUGGAUCUAGGAACCAAAGCUAUGAGGAAUUUGCUUCCUUUGCUUCAGAUACCUGUGCGCCAAUAGCAGCAGAAGUUCAUCUGUACAACUCCACCCCUUCACUCAUGAUCUGAAGAAAUAUUACUUUUUAAAUAAGUUAAUCACACUCCAGUUAAUAGAUAUUGCAGAAACAAGGUCCCACAGCAUGUACGGCUGGAAUGGUUGUGCUGGACGAUGCACGUGUAAAUGCAAAGGACUCAAAUUAAACAGUUUUUUUACUGACAUAAUAUUACCUUUGUGAAUGUAAAUUUUUAAAAAAUAAAUUGAUUCAUUUGUCUGUGACUAAUUAAUGUAGCCUGUGGAUUAGUUUCUGUGACUAUUGUACAGUCCCCACUAGAAUCUAUAAUCCACCAAAUCAUAAUAAAUUUAACACAAGACAUAGGAGCAGAAUUAGGCCAUUCGGCCCAUCGAGUCUGCUCUGCCAUUCGAUCAUGGCUGAUUUAUUUUUCCCUCUCACCCCCAUUCUCCUGCCUUCUCCCCAUAACCUUUGACACCCUUACUAAUCAAGAGCCUAUCAACCUCCAUUUUAAAUAUACCCAAUGACUUGGCCUCCACAGCCAUCUGUGUCAAUAAAUUCCACAGAUUCACCACCCUCUGGCUAGAGAAAUUUCUCCUCUCUGCUCUAAAGUGACGUCUUUCUAUCCUGAGGCUGUGCCCUCCGGUCCUAGACUCUCCUACUACUGGAAACAUCCUCUCCACAUCCACUCUAUCCAGGCUUUUCAAUAUUCAGCAGGUUUCAAUGAGAUCUCCCCUCAUCCUUCCAAACUCCAGCAGUUACAAGCCUAGAGCCAUCAAAUGCUCCUCACACAUGAUCCCAGGCAUGAAAGGGUUAAUUCUCGUAAACCUCCUCUGGACCAAUGCCAGCACACCCUUCCUUAAAAUUGGGGCCCAAAACUGCUCACAAUACUUCAGAUGUGGUCUGACAAACGCCUUAUAAAGCCUCAGCAUUACAUCCUUGCUUUUAUUUUCUAGUCCUCUCAAAAUGAAUGCUAACAUUACAUUUGUGUUCCUUACUACUGACUCAAUCUGCAAAUUAACCUUUCGGGAAUCCUGCACUAGGACUCCCAAAUCCCUUUGCACCUCUGAUUUCUGAAUUCCCUCCCCAUUUAGAAUAUAGUCUAUGCCUUUAUUCCUUCUACCAAAGCGCAUGACAUACAUUUCCCUAUGCUGUAUUCCAUCUGCCACUUCUUUGCCCAUUCUCCCAACCUGUCCAAGUCCUUCUGCAAACUCCCUAAUUCCACAACACUACCCACCCCUCCACCUAUAUUUGGUAUCAUCUGCAAAUUUGGCUACAAAACCAUCAGUUCCUUCAUCCAGAUUAUUAACAUAUAAUGUGAAAAGUAGCGGACCCAACACUGACUCCUGCAGAACACCACUAGUCACUGGCAGCCAAGCAGAAAAGGCCCCCUUUUAUUCCCACUCUUUGCCUUCUGCCAGUCAGCCAAUCUUCUAUCCAUGCUAGUACCUUUCCUGUAAUACCAUGGCCUCCUAUCUUGUUUAGCAGCCUCAUGUGCAGCACCUUGUCAAAGGCCUUCUGAAAAUCCAAGUAAACAACAUCCACUGACUCUCCUUUGUCUAUCCUGAUUUGUCAGGCAAGAUCUCCCCUUAACAAAACUAAUGCUGACUUUGGCCUAUUUUAUCAUGAUCUUCCAAGUACCCCGAAACCUCAUCCUCAUCCUUAAUAAUGGACUCCAAAAUAGAACAUUACAGCACAGUACAGACCCUUCAGCCCAUGUUGUUGUGCUGACCCUUUAAUCUAGUCUAAGAUUAUUGCACUGCACUUUCUCUGUAGCUGUGACACUUUACUCUGUACUGUUAUUGUUUUUACCUGUACUACAUCAAUGCACUCUGUACUAACCCAAUGUAACUGCACUGUGUAAUGAAUUGACCUGUACGAUCGGUAUGCAAGCCAAGUUUUUCACUGUACCUCGGUACAAGUGACAAUAAUAAACCAAUACCAAUAUUUCUAUCAUCC